CCCUGAAAUUCAUUGCACGACACACAAGGAAUGCAUUCGAGGUUCUACGAUGCAGCAUUUAUGUUUGAGAGGGCGGAGUUACUUGAGGUAUUUUGACCUCACCCACUGGGGCUUGUGCGGCAGUAACGAUACAAGGCGCCGAAAAGGAGUUUGAAAUAAGGCGGCGGUUUUUUCUUUAAACGACCUUCCUUAAAACCUAUAGCAGUUGCUUCUGCAGUUAGCUGGAGAGGAAAUGGCGGGCCUGGCAGUGCAAGCGUCCUGGAUUUUGAGCCUGUGGGUGGUGCUGGCCCAGUCGGCCCGCUGCCUGGCGGAGCCGGGCGAUGGAGCCAUUGUGACAGCCGCGCCUGCGGUCGAAUCGUUGGGCGAUACCAACUGGACCCUGAUUCUCACUGGCGAAUGGAUGCUGCAAUUCCAUGCUCCAUGGUGUCCAGCCUGCAAGCAAAUCCAGGCUGAUUGGGAAGACCUUGGAAAAUCCUGUGAGGAACUUGGCAUCCAUGUGGGAAAGAUAGAUGUCACUCGGGAGCCAGGUUUGAGUGGCCGUUUCUUUGUUACGACUUUGCCAACCAUUUAUCAUGCUAAAGAAGGGGUUUUUCGCAAGUACCACGGUGCACGGAUGCUGGAAGACUUCCGAAGCUUCAUUAAGGAGAAGAAAUGGGAGGCUGUGGAGUCGAUCAGUGGGUGGAAAUCUCCAUCUUCCAUUGUGAUGUCUGGGAUGGCAGGUCUUUUCCAGCUCUCUGUAUGGAUUAGACAACUACAUAGUUACCUGACUGAUACGUUGGGAAUUCCAGUUUGGGGUUCCUACAUCAUCUUUGCUGUGGCUACUCUCGUGGUUGGUCUCAUCCUCGGCCUGAUUUUGGUCUUAAUUGCUGAUUGUUUAUGCCCACCGAAGCAUCAACGUAAGCACGAAACAACAGAGGUUAUUGAAGGAGAAAAUGAAGAAAACGAAGCUGAUGAGGAGGAUUCUGAUGAAGCAGAGAAGAAAGGUCAAGAUGUUCCAGAAUGGGAAGCAAAUGGGUCGGAAGCAGAGGCAGAAGGGGAUGGCUUGAGUGACAAGGUCAGUGGAGAAGAUUCCCCUUUUGAGGAUGAUCUUGAAAAUAGUGAACACGAGGAGGAGUUGGAAGCAACAUCUUCCAACUACGAAGAGGACAGCGUGGUCAGGAAGAGAAAACCAAAGGAAGACUCCUAAAUCUACAAUUAAUAAAUCACCAGAAAUUGGACCAAAGUUGCGCUUUUGGGGACUUUAACCAAUUUUUUAAAAACUUUAAAUUGGCUUGUUUGGAUUCAGGUUUUGUUUUUCAUUUCUGAAUUUAUUGGCUAUGACAAUCUUGAACAAAUAUAAUAUGCAGGGUAUACCUGUGUGGUAUUUUUAAAGCUUCCUUUUAACGGCUUAAUGAAUAUUCCAUGCCGAUGAGAUCAGCAGCUGUUCAAUAAGUAUGCUUUAGCUGCUGUCCACACGUGCAAAUAGAGGUUAUCUUCAAAGCAAAUAAUAUGUUAGUCAACAGUAUAUAGAACUGUUGCCUCAACCAGUGAUGCCCUGGACUUCCUCUACAUCCUCUUACAACACACGUUUUAAUAGGAAUUCUAUCUUUAGGUAGAAGUUGGAAGGUUUAAGCGUCAACAUAUGUUACUUUGAGUGCAGUCAGUGUGCAGUUUUUGGCACAUUACACUUGGAAAUGUGAUUUCAAUUAAAUGGUAAAAUUAAAUUAAAAAAAAAGUAGGAUUUGUAUUAAUGGAAGUAGAUUAGUUGGAGCUUUUGGUUCUUUUUGUUGCACUUUUAACUUGACAAGGGUGAGUUAUGAGACACUCAAGCAUGUGUUGGAACUUUGAGCAGUGGAUGGCUUGGUGACUUUCAGAAAUGUUAUAAAUUGAAGAACACUUGUACAUUUCACACUGCAUUAUUUGCAAAGGCACUGCUAGCUGUCAGUAAUGUACAGGUCCUCCCUUCAAUGAUUCAGUGGUGGGGGGGGGUUAAAGUUUUCUGUCAAAAUGGAAAGAGAAGCAUUUGUGGCCCUCAAGUGGGAAUGUAUCUGAUUGUGGGUGGCUUUUAAUUCUUGUUCCUGAUUAAUCUGUUUUGUGAGUUCAGACUGCUGCAGAAAUGGAGCCAACCCCAAUCACCAGCCUUUUGAAGUCUGUCCCUUUUAGGUGCACACAGUAAUUAGUCUGAAUCAUAUUGUUUUUUUUCUCUCUAAAUUUAAAAACCAUCGAUUUGGGUGAACCUUGGUGUCUAGGUGCAAUGCAGCUUACAAUUGGGUUAGAAGCAUCCCUAUAUUUUCUCCCAUAUGUGAAGGAUUCAACUCUCAUAAAGCACAGACGCUACUUUCCCUGAUUUUUGUACCUUUUCAAAAAAAAAUUAAAACUAUGUGCUAGGCUACAUGGGGUUUUCAUCAAUUGUUGAUAAAUUUAAAGGACCUUUUGGUGCAUGUGGGUGGAAUUAUAACUUUCAAAGAACAGGGAGCCAUUGAUUUUUGGAAAAUAAAUGCAAUUAUAUUCUGGAAUGUAUCAUUUAAAUUACUUCAAGCAAUAUAUUGGCAGGUUUGCAUGACCCAUGUGUUUUUCUAAUGACUUUAACAGAACUUGUACUUUUUGGUGGGUAUCCUCCCUCAUUAUAAAAUUGGGUUUGCAUUGCAAAGAUUUGUACUAUUUUUGUAAAAAAUAUUUCUUUCUGGAUUUGUAUUAUGAGGGUACAGAAGGCUGUAUUUUAAAAUUACCUUUUGUAUUUUACAAGAAUAGUGUCCACUAUGUACCUGUUUUGUAAGAUAAAGACAGAAGUACCUGCUAUAUUUUGUAUUUAUUGCUUUGCCCAUAGUUUGGCUGACCUUGUUUACAAGUCACGUAGAGGCUUGUGGAAGAUUUCAUGUCUCUACACUGUGACCAUGAUGAAUGCAUCCGUAAAACAAAACAAAAUGGCUAUUCAAUCGUCUUUAUAUUUUCAGAAGUUUUAUUGUUGUGCUGUGCAGUGCUAACUGAUGAAUAUAGUUGAAGCUCAAAGAUGUAGAUGCUUCUAUAACUGUAAAGCCAGGCAAAAUGGAAGUGUCAUGGACCAAGUGAUUAAUGGUACCAUCUUUACUCUUGAGCUUUACAAUACGUUACCAGCAGUACCUGUUAGAAGGCAGAAUGUAUAUAAUCACUUUGGCACAGCACUUCCUGUUUAUUAUUUUUUGAAGGAGAGACAUACUUUUUAUAAUACAGGUAAUAUUUCUAGUGACCUCUUUAUUUCUGUUAAAUGCAAUAAAGUAUGCCUUUGUACA